GUAGUCGCCAUCUGACACACGAGCCGCGCGUAUCGUCGUUUACGGCUCAACUUGUCUUCGAACAUACUAGUUUAAAAUCAAUCAACUAAAAGUGGUUUUUGUGUUUUGUGACAUUGUGCAAUUUUGACAACGCGAAAUGGAGGCUGGAGAUUUCAAAGACUUCGCUAAGGCGAUGACAGACUACAUCGCAGAAUAUCUAGAAAAUAUAAGAGACAGGCCGGUAGUACCGUCGGUGAAGCCCGGUUAUCUCCGUCCGCUGGUCCCGGAGCAGGCUCCCCAGCAAGCCGAGCCCUGGACAGCUGUGAUGGCAGACAUCGAGCGGGUCGUCAUGUCUGGCGUCACUCACUGGCACUCGCCCCGUUUCCACGCUUACUUCCCAACCGCCAAUUCUUACCCUGCUAUCGUGGCUGACAUGCUCAGCGGCGCUAUUGCUUGCAUCGGUUUCACAUGGAUCGCUAGUCCGGCCUGUACCGAAUUGGAAGUAGUGAUGCUGGAUUGGCUAGGACAGAUGCUCGGUCUUCCGGAACAGUUCCUAGCGCGCUCUGGUGGUGAAGGAGGUGGUGUGAUUCAAGGCACUGCUAGUGAGGCUACUCUUGUUGCUCUUCUUGGAGCUAAAGCAAGAACAAUUCAGCGUGUGAAGGAACAACACCCGGAGUGGACUGAUACAGAAAUAUUGUCCAAACUUGUGGGAUAUUGCAACAAACAAGCCCAUUCGUCUGUAGAGCGCGCUGGUCUACUAGGCGGUGUAAAACUGCGGACUCUCACACCAGACAACAAACGGAGACUUCGCGGCGACACAUUGCGUGAAGCGAUUGAAGAGGAUCUCCGUAAUGGAUUAAUUCCUUUCUACGUUGUAGCAACACUUGGUACAACAUCAUCUUGUGCAUUCGACGCUCUCGAUGAAAUAGGUGAUGUAUGCAACUCGCACGAUGUUUGGUUGCACGUGGACGCAGCAUACGCUGGCUCUGCAUUCAUCUGCCCAGAGUACCGUUAUCUGAUGAAGGGUGUCGAGAAGGCAGACUCUUUCAAUUUCAAUCCUCACAAAUGGAUGCUCGUUAACUUCGACUGUUCCGCCAUGUGGCUCAAGAGCCCUCGUUGGGUCGUAGACGCCUUCAAUGUAGACCCACUAUACUUGAAACAUGAUCAUCAAGGCGCGGCUCCUGAUUAUCGACAUUGGCAAAUCCCUUUAGGACGUCGGUUCAGAGCCCUCAAGUUGUGGUUUGUAUUGAGGCUGUACGGUGUUGAAAAUCUCCAAAAACACAUCAGGAAACAGAUAGCAUUAGCUCAUUACUUUGAAGAAUUCUGUAACAAUGAUGACAGAUUUGAAAUAUACGAAGAGGUAACCAUGGGAUUGGUAUGCUUCAGAUUAAAGGGGAGCAAUGAGAUUAAUGAAGAGCUUUUGAGACAUAUUAACGGAAGGGGGAAAAUUCACCUUGUACCGUCAAAAAUUGACGACGUUUACUUUUUAAGAUUAGCGAUAUGCUCUCGUUUUUCUGAGCAAUCUGACAUUCAACUAUCGUGGGAAGAAAUAAAAGCCUGCGCAGACGAUGUUAUUAAAGCUGUUAAACAUUAA